GAGUUGACAGUUUUAGACCUGGACACUGACGAAGACGAAGACGAAGAUGAAGAUGAAGAGCAGUGACUGACUUUCACCCUGACUUCCUGUCUGUGUUGCAGACUGACGGCUGAUUUUCUACGGCGAUCGUUUGACACUCUCCGUCUGUCAACUCCUGGACCCCCGCCCCCCCCACCUCCCCCCGUCUGAUUACUAACAGAAGAACGAUGUUGUGGGCCGCGGUGUGUGGGCUGCUGGCCUGUGUGGCCCUGUCGUCUGGAGCGCUGACUUCUUCUAACGAGUCGCUCUCUGCUCCCAGGAUCUUCCUCUCCUUCAAAGAGUUGAAGUCGACCGGCACCGCUCACCACUUCUCCUUCCUGCUCAACUCCACCGACUAUCGCAUCCUUCGCAUGGACGAGGACCACGACCGCAUGUACGUGGGCAGCAAGGACUACGUCCUGUCUCUGGACCUGCACGACAUCAACAAGGAGCCGCUCAUCGUGAGGACAAACGGCUCACAGUUGAAGUCGACCGGCACCGCUCACCACUUCUCCUUCCUGCUCAACUCCACCGACUAUCGCAUCCUUCGCAUGGACGAGGACCACGACCGCAUGUACGUGGGCAGCAAGGACUACGUCCUGUCUCUGGACCUGCACGACAUCAACAAGGAGCCGCUCAUCUUUUUGUUUUCCUCUCAGGGAGAGUGCGGUAACUUCAUCCGUCUGAUCGAGCCCUGGAACCGGACCCACCUGUACGUGUGUGGGACGGGGGCGUACAACCCCAUCUGCACCUACGUGGAUCGAGGACGGAGGUCACAGGGGUCCCACUACCUACAGGCCCCCCAGGCCGGAGGGAGAACCAGUCGGGCGGCAGACCUCGGCACGACCUCAGAACACUUGGAGGCCAAGGUGGGCAGGAGAAACAUUCCUAAAGUCUGGCGCCACCUGGAUUGUGUUUUCAGAUCCACAGACGGCGAGCUGUACGCAGGCGUGUACAUCGACUUCAUGGGCACGGACUCGGCCAUCUUCCGGACCCUGGGGCAGCAGACGGCCAUGAGGACGGACCAGUACAACUCCAGAUGGUUGAACGAUCCCACCUUCAUCCACGCUCACCUCAUCCCUGACAGCAACGAGAAGAACGACGACAAGCUCUACUUCUUCUUCCGCGAAAAAGCCUCGGAGAUGGGCCAGAGUCCGAUGACCCAGUCCAGGAUCGGACGGAUCUGCCUGAACGAUGACGGUGGACACUGCUGUCUGGUCAACAAGUGGAGCACAUUCCUGAAGGCGCGGCUCAUCUGCUCGGUUCCAGGGACCGAUGGCAUGGAGACGCACUUCGAUGAACUCAGGGACGUGUACAUCCAGCCGACCCAGGACACCAGGAACCCUGUCAUCUACGGAGUCUUCUCAGUGUCGGGAGCCGUCUUUAAAGGCUCAGCAGUCUGCGUCUACUCCAUGGCCGACAUCCGUAUGGUCUUCAACGGACCUUUCGCCCACAAAGAAGGACCCAACUACCAGUGGGUGGCGUACACUGGAAAGAUCCCGUACCCACGACCUGGAACUUGUCCCGGGGGGACGUUCACCCCCAACAUGAAGUCCACCAAGGACUACCCUGAUGAAGUGAUCAACUUCAUGAGAAACCACCCCACCAUGUCCAACCCUAUAUACCCGGUGCACAAGCGCCCUCUGGUGGUCAGAACUAACGUGGACUAUGAGUUCACCACCAUCGCUGUGGACCAAGUGACGGCUGCUGACGGGAGCUACGAGGUUCUGUUCCUGGGGACAGAUCGAGGGACCGUCCAGAAGGUGAUCGUUCUGCCCAGAGAUGAUUUACAGACGGAGGAGCUGGUGCUGGAGGAGGUGGAGGUCUUCAGGGUGCCAACCGCCAUCACCACCAUGAAGAUCUCCUCCAAGAGACAACAACUCUACGUUGGCUCGGUCCUGGGCGUGACCCACUUGGCGCUGCAUCGCUGUGAUGUGUAUGGAGAGGCGUGCGCCGACUGCUGUCUGGCCAGAGACCCGUACUGCGCCUGGGACGGAAAAUCCUGCUCCAGAUACUCAGCAUCACAGAAGAGAUGUCCGUUUAGACGGAGCCGUCGUCAGGAUGUCAAGUACGGCAACCCCAUCCGCCAGUGCAGAGGUUAUAACUCCAAUGCGAACAAGAAUACACUGGAGACGAUUCAGUACGGAGUAGAGGGAAGUACUACGUUUCUGGAGUGCCAGGCCCGGUCUCCUCACAUGUCUCUGAAGUGGCACCUGCAGAAGGAGAACAGCGACAGGAGAAAGGAGAUUCGAUCUGAAGGUCGGAUCUUGAAAACCGACCAGGGUCUCCUGAUCCGCUCCCUUCAGUCCUCCGACGGCGGCAUCUACCAGUGCACGUCCACGGAGAAGAACUUCAAACACACGCUGGUCAAACUGCAGCUCGUGGUCCUUUCCAGCCGCACGGUCAACAACGUGUUGGUGGGGACGGGUAACCCGGCCCUGCCCCCCCUCCAGUCCAGCGCCUGGACUCCGAGCGCCGGCCAGUACAAGGACCUGCUGACCAUCCUGAGCCAGCCGGAGAUGGGUCUGAUCAACCAGUACUGCCAGGACUACUGGCAGAUCGGGGACGGCACCUUUCCGGACGGCAAAGCUAAAAGUCUGAAGGAGCUGAAGGAGCAGAAGAAGCCGCGCAACCGCCGGCAUCACGACGAGCCCACGACUCCGGCUGAGACAUGAGGAGCCGGACGCGCCCGUACUGUCAUCCUCAAACAUCUUGUCUACCUGUUCUCACAACCUCCUCGUCACUGCUGCCAUCCAUGUAGUGAAGAAGACCGCAGACGAGUCCUAGAAACAUCAACACCUUCAUGAUGAACACGAGAAGCACAGCGACCCAGAGCCACAGCAUCAGAACUCUCUCUCUGUAACUGUUGAAAAAUCACAAUAUUUAUUGUAGGUUGUAAAAAGUAAUUCUUUGUACGUAUCUAGAAAACAUGUUUUUUGUGAAUAGGUCAAUCUGUGCAAAUAUUGUUGUUAUUAUUAUUAUUAUUAUUAUUGUUAUCGUUAGUGACAUUUCUUUAUAACGAUGUGGCGUUCGGUCCGAGACGUCUUUACGUUUGAUGUUUGGAGACGUGACAACCAAAUUCCAAGACUGGGGAUCCAUCCACACAUGGACGAGGACGGUGUUCACAGACCGUGACCACGUUGGAUCACAUGACUGCAGGCAGUGUUCGGUGUCUAAGCUGAAAGAGGAAGUCAGGACUUCAUGGACCGUCUCAAACUUCCUGUUUCUUUCACCAAAACCACACGUUUGUCCUGCGCUGCAGGAUGGGAGCUGUUGACGGUGCAAUUCCUGGGACAUGUUUGCCCACAGACUGCAACUGAUGCACUGUAUUUGUGAAUGAGGGGCGGGGGGUUUUCGGGGGCAGACCUCUUCCUCUGCCGUCCGACCCCGCCUCCUGUAGGAAAACUUCAUCGUUCGACCCGGAUUCUUCCAACAUCAGUUGCUGCCAAGUGUUCGUUUUUGUUCAUCUGUGAAUAUCACAUCUGAGUGUCGUGUAUCCUGAACCGGCGCGAUCGCUGCGAUACCCUGUCCUUCCACUGGGAGGAAGAAUCUUGCGACGACACAGGCUCUGACCAGACUAACGCCGCCCCCUAGUUCCAGCAGGCAGCUACUGUCAGUUUGUGACACUUGGUGAAAAAGAAAAAAAAAAAAGUUGUCGUGGGAUUAUCGUCGUAGGUCGUUCAUUUACUUUGCUAAAGGAUCAGUUGAGGUGAAGCUUCCAUUCCUGCCACUUCUCUGCCGAACGACAGACGGAAAUCCUGUCUGGCCAAAUUCACCGGUCGACACUCGGUUCAGUCAGCGUCGUGACAAACUCCCUGUUAACUCUCGUCCAGUUUGUUGCGUUAACUGUGUGGGACCGUGCAGUGUUGACAGUGUUCACAGUCACCAAACCCAGGCCAGCGGACCUCUCAGUGUACCACCACCAUCAAGCUUUCUUCUGCCGCGCCUGAAGAGGAGCCUGAGAGCCCAGUCCUCAGCAGGUGCUGGUCCUUGUGCAUGGCAUGUACAGCGUAUGUAACAGGUGUUUGUCUAAAAAUGCUACUUUAACGUGGAUGUCAGUGAAUGUCUUUCUCAGUGUGGGAUUAUGAAAAUACUAUCGGUGCAAAAAUCUGUGUUCACGCGUUUUAGAAGAGUGUGAAAUUCAGACGGUGUAAAAAAGGGUUCGAUGGUGAUUUAAAAAGAUUCUCUCUCCCGUUCUCUCCUUCUCUCCUUUUUCUUACAAAUGUGCGACACAAAUUAGUUUUUAUUUCACACAAUGCAUCUAUUUUUUUUCUUUAUUGGUCAGUUUUUUUUUCUUUCUCCGAGGCAUUCAGUCAGCGUGAUGUACGAUGUAACGCACAGUCGAUGUUUUAACGAUGACUUGUAAAAAGUUACUUUUCUCUUCCUCAUCAAUGUUGCGGACUAAUAAAUUAAAGCUCUAUAUUUUAUAAUAA